CAAAUGGCUCCGAUUCCGUCGGAGAACGGCGUCGAAGGGGACGACGAGAGAGAAGAAGAAGAGGAACAAGAAGAAGAGGAGGACGAAGAUGAGGAGGAAGAGGAGGAAGAAGAGCCGAGGCUCAAGUAUCAGAGGAUGGGAGGUAGCGUCCCUUCGCUUAUACAAAACGAUGCCGCUUCGUGUAUUGCCAUUGCUGAGCGGAUGAUCGCGCUCGGUACUCAUGCCGGCACGGUUCAUAUUCUCGAUUUUUUGGGGAAUCAGGUUAAAGAAUUUUCUGCUCAUACUGCUGUGGUCAAUGAUCUUAGCUUUGAUUUAGAAGGUGAAUAUAUAGGAAGCUGUUCAGAUGAUGGGUCUGUUGUAAUAAACAGCCUUUUCACUGAUGAAAAAAUGAGGUUUGAGUAUCAUCGUCCAAUGAAGGCUAUUUCAUUGGACCCAGAUUAUGCGAGAAAAACAUCUAGAAGAUUUGUAGCUGGGGGUUUAGCAGGUCAUUUAUAUUUUAAUUCAAAAAAAUGGCUAGGCUACCGGGACCAGGUUCUGCAUUCUGGUGAAGGUCCAAUACAUGCAGUGAAGUGGAGAGCAAGCCUCAUUGCUUGGGCUAAUGAUGCAGGCGUAAAAGUUUAUGAUGUUGCCAACGAUCAGCGUAUCACAUUUAUUGAAAGGCCGCGAGGAAGCCCACGUCCAGAAAUCUUGCUUCCUCAUUUAGUUUGGCAGGAUGAUAGUCUCUUGGUCAUUGGCUGGGGCACAUCUGUCAAAAUUGCAUCAAUAAGAACAAAUCAGAAUAAGGGAGCCAAUGGGACCUAUAGGCAUGUUCCAGUGUCUAGCAUGAACCAGGUUGAUAUAGUGGCAUCGUUUCAAACAAGCUAUUAUAUUUCAGGAAUUGCUCCAUUUGGCGAUUCAUUGGUUGUUUUAGCUUAUAUUCACGGGGAGGAAGAUGGAGAGAAGGAAUUUAGUAGCACCAUUCCUUCACGGCAGGGAAAUGCACAGAGACCAGAAGUGCGCAUAGUAAAAUGGAGUAACGAUGAACUUGCAACAGAUGCUCUUCCAGUACAUGGUUUUGAGCAUUACAAGGCAAAGGACUAUUCCCUUGCUCAUGCUCCUUUCUCAGGUAGCAGUUAUGCUGGUGGUCAGUGGGCUGCUGGUGAUGAACCUUUAUACUAUGUUGUAUCCCCAAAGGAUGUAGUCAUUGCAAAACCCAGGGAUGCUGAAGAUCAUAUUGCUUGGCUUCUUCAGCACGGGUGGCAUGAAAAAGCUUUAGCUGCAGUUGAAGCAGGUCAGGGACGAAGUGAACUCCUUGAUGAGGUGGGAUCUACAUAUCUUGAUCAUUUGAUUGUGGAGCGGAAAUAUGCUGAAGCUGCAUCCUUGUGUCCCAAAUUAUUGCGUGGAUCUGCUUCAGCUUGGGAAAGAUGGGUUUUCCAUUUUGCGCAUCUCCGUCAGCUCCCUGUGUUGGUUCCAUACAUGCCAACAGAAAAUCCAAGAUUGCGUGAUACUGCUUAUGAGGUUGCCCUUGUAGCUCUGGCGACAAAUCCAUCUUUUCAUAGGGAUCUUCUGUCAACUGUUAAAACUUGGCCACCUGUGAUUUACUCAGCACUGCCUGUUAUAUCUGCCAUAGAACCUCAGCUAAAUACUUCAUCUAUGACUGAUGAACUCAAAGAGGCGUUGGCAGAGUUGUACGUGAUUAAUGGGCAAUAUGAAAAGGCUUUUUCACUCAAAACUGAUCUUAUGAAGCCAGACGUUUUUGACUUCAUUGAAAAGCAUAACUUACAUGAUGCCCUCCAUGAAAAGGUUGUGCAAUUGAUGCUUUUAGAUUGCAAGCGUGCAGUUCCUUUAUUGAUCCAAAACAAGGACUUAAUUGCUCCAUCUGAAGUUGUUGCACAGCUUCUGGAUGUCAGCAACAAGUGUGAUUCAAGAUAUUUCUUGCAUUUAUAUUUGCAUUCAUUGUUUGAAGUAAAUCCACAUGCAGGAAAGGAUUUUCAUGAUAUGCAGGUAGAACUUUAUGCAGAUUAUGAUCCAAAGAUGCUACUUCCCUUUCUCCGUAGUAGUCAGCAUUACACACUCGAGAAGGCAUAUGAUAUUUGCGUCAGAAAAGAUCUUUUAAGGGAGCAAGUGUUCAUUCUUGGAAGAAUGGGAAAUUCAAAACAAGCCCUUGCUGUCAUCAUAAAUAAAUUAGGGGACAUAGAAGAGGCUGUAGAAUUUGUGAACAUGCAGCAUGACGAUGAACUUUGGGAAGAACUGAUUAAGCAAUGCCUUCAUAAACCUGAAAUGGUUGGUGUGUUGUUAGAACACACGGUUGGCAAUCUUGAUCCGCUCUAUAUAGUAAAUAUGGUGCCCAAUGGUUUGGAGAUACCUCGGCUAAGGGACCGUCUAGUUAAAAUUGUCACUGAUUACAGGACUGAAACAUCUCUUAGACAUGGGUGCAAUGAUAUUCUGAAGGCUGAUAUUGUAAAUCUCUUAGUUAAAUACUACAAAGAGGCAAGACGCGCAAUCUGUUUGACCAAUGAAGAAGAUGAUGCACGGUCAAAAAGAGACGGCAAUAGGGCUUCUCAGGCUAUUGAAAAAACAUCGAGUGUUAGAACCAUGGAGGUUAAGUCAAAAACUAGGGGCGGUGCUAGAUGUUGCAUGUGUUUUGAUCCCUUCUCUAUUCAGAAUGUGUCUGUCAUUGUGUUCUAUUGUUGUCAUGCUUAUCACAUGGAUUGUCUAAUGGAUUCCAUGCAUACUGUUACUGGCAAGAGAGAUGCUGGAGCGACUUAUCAGGAACCAUUUUCAGAAUAUGAGUUUGAUAAUGGUGUUGAGGAUGAGGAUACCCAAUCAGGGGCUCCUCGCAUGCGUUGUAUCUUAUGUACUACUGCUGCUAGUUGAGUUAAUGAUGUGUGCCUGUGCGUGAGUCUGUGGGUGGAUGGGUUUGGCCGUCUUUCUUUCUUAUUUUUAUUCCGGCGAUCUCUUUUUUUUUCCUCUUUGGUUGUAUAUGCCCUGUAUGCGGAUAUUUAUCAUUCUUUUUCACUGUUGUGAGUUAUUUGUUAUUAAUUUUGUAUCAUAGUUUAUAUCAAUAUAAUGAAGAAGCAUUUAUAACUUA